UAUGCGUUACACGAACUAUUAUUAUUAAAAUAAAAUACAAAUAUAGAUAAAAAUACCACUUAAAACUAAUUUUACGAGCUAAUAUUUACAAUUAAAACUAUAUUAAAACAUAAAAAAUGCAACAAGUAUUCGUCAGCGCCGUCUUAGCGCUCCGAUAGAUUUGUGAAUGCAACAUUUUAGAGCUCACGGAAACAAGUUCUUUUGUUUGUCGUAUGGUCAGUUGCAUUAGCGGAUCGCCCGUCCACCAUUCCCGAUCUUCAUUCGAAAUAGAACGCACGUCACACUAAUCAUCGGUCUCUGAUACGUACAUCAAUUUAUAAAAAUGUAACCGAUAUAACUUAAUAUGUUGUCGUCCCUAACGUUCCUCGAAAUGUUUUUCCUUAACGUCGUAAUACGUUAACUUGUACUAUCGCGAGUGAAAGUAAACCCCAAAUUGGGUAAGUGGUAAAUUUAUUAACGCAAAUGUAGAUUUUCCAUGCUAAUUAGAUAUUAAGAUAAUUUUAGUGCUUUUACUUUACUUCAUCAAACCAUUUCACAAUUAAAUACUAAGUGUAUAAUGAUUUUGCUCGAUCAUGCUGCUGUAACGAUAUUGCAUCAGAAAUUAUUUCCACCCUCAUUUUGAAAUAGUAAAUUAUUGCAUCAUCUUUACAAAUUGUAAUCUCCGACUCUGAUUGUGAACAUCCACGGCAUCACUGCUACAUUUUAGGUGCUUUCUUUUCCUGCCGCUCGCCGGGGAUGCUCACAAAUUACGUAGCCGGACUGUAAUCUCAUGCGUUUGGAUGACGCGUUCCAGGGUCCAAAGUUCGGGCUGAAUUUUGUGGUGGAGGAUCCACCGCAGCCUACUACUACGUUGGGUAGUACACUCGCCGCAGCCACACCUACACUGCGCUACGCUUCUCUCGUCAGUCGGAAGACCACCCCGUCUCAAGCACCGGGCGGCCCUGAGUACAGUCGGCCACAGUUCAGCGCCCGCACACACCCAGGCGAGAGUACCUAACCGCAGAGUAAAGGGAUAUUGUGUGGAUUUAUAAAACCAAACUUACGACCCACUUGGCCAUUUAGUUUUUUUUAGUUUUUUUUAGUUAAAUUAAAUAUUCUUUUGCACGAAUCGAGAUUACUCAUUUCUCUCUUCUAAAAGGUAGUUAAGAUCCUAAUCGUGACACUGGCGCCCUCUAACGUGGUUAAAUUCACACAAAUCCUAUUUAUUUCUCGGCUUUUGUAGUUAGUGUAUGUUUGUGGCUUAUUCUUUUUUCUGUGCAACGUUUUUUUUUGGUUUCAUUUGCUACUAAGGUGUACUAUUAGUAGAAAGUAAUUUGGUAAUUUUGUAAGGUGUUUCGUAAAUUGAUUUCUACCCACAUAUGGUCAAAUUCUAUAAUUUAUUUUAUGUUAGUGUUAAAUUACGCUUAGUAUCACAAAUAUAGUGAAAUUAGUAUUAAUUGUUUCUAUCGAGUGGAAAGUACACAUUAGUAGCACGCUUUUCUUCUUUUUAUUUGCAACUAACCUGUUUUUAUUUUUAUUUCUACUAAUUGGGAAAACCAAACGUUCAUCAUUCAUCAACUUUUGUAACAGAUCGGAGAAUUUUUAAUAUAAGCUUAUUAGUUUCUGCUUCUUACCACUUAUCCUCUAAUUAAAUUUAAAUUCACGAUGCUGCCUGUCAAAUAUCUUUCUCUUCAAAAAUCGGAGCUUGAAUAUGAGGUUCAGCUCCGAGGUGCUACUGCCGGUUCUUCAGUAGAGGAAUUGCGAAGACAAAUUGUAAAAUUAGCCGCGGAGCACCCGGCUGAACACAUAUUAGAGUCUCCGCUAGAUAUUCGACAGGAUCUUAGGGGUUGCGUAGAAGUUCUUACAAAAAUACAAUUAAAUCUUGAUAUUUCUGAACCAAGUGUACCUACUAUUAUGAGAACGCAAAAUAUGCUAAAUCACCUUCAUAAUCGUUUAGCGAGGAUAACGUGCGGUGACGACAGAAAAGAAUAUAAGGAUAUCCUAGAGGGGCAUAAAGUCGCCUCCCAGAAGCUCGCGGCUCUUCAAGCUAAGAGGCCUACACAAAUAACGACAACUUCUUCUAAUUUAGGCGCGGGUCCCUCUAGUGAGACCUCGACGGCGGCCCCAGGGGUUCAGAACUUGAUUUCGGUGACAUGCGAUCGCACUGUAGCUGACUUGAGUAAAUUAAAAUUUAAUGGCAAAACUUGUGUCCGCUCAUUUAUACAGCGCGUCGACGAAUUUAUUGUUGCACGUAACAUUGCAUCAACAAAAGUAUUAGCUUUCGCCACCGAAAUCUUUCAAGACAACGCUCUGCAUUGGUUCCGUUCGGUACGGGACAAUAUUUCUUCCUGGCCAGAACUCGCUGCUAAAUUGAAAGAGGACUUCGAUCAAUCUAAUUAUGAUUACCGACUUACGACGGAGAUUCGCUCUCGGACUCAGGGUGAACAUGAAAACAUAACUGUUUAUCUUUCCAUUAUGAGUGGUAUGUUUUCUCGUCUUUCGACACCCCCAAGCGAAGCGGAGCAGCUCGAAACCUUACUUCACAAUAUUAGGCCGUGUUACGCAAGUACACUAGCAGCAUCAUCUACCGAAAUUAGGACAAUUGAUUCUUUACGCUCAUUGUGUCGCAAUUACGAGACUUAUCAUUCUCGACACUCACAAUUUCAGGAGCCACCAAGAGUGACUUCCGACACUGUUGCACCCGAAUUUGCGUACUCUAGGGAAUCAAAUAAAAGUACAAAUAAAUUUAACAACAAUACAUAUAAUAAACAAAAUUACACAUAUAACAAUAAUUAUAAUAAAGGACAAUAUUCUAAAAACACCACAAAUUAUAGCCAGAAUCAAAAUCAAAACAAGUCUCAACAACAAAAUUAUAUACAUUCUGUGUCCAAUGCUGCUCAAAACAAUAAACAACAACCGUAUUGCCCAAGGUGCCGUAGUAAUAAUCAUCAUAUUCGGCAAUGUACGGCUAGUAGGGACGUGUUUUGUUUUAAAUGUGGCAAGAAAGAUGUCAAAACACCUGAUUGUCCGGUUUGUAAUAAAAAGGCAGAUACAAAAAACUAGAUGAGCGGA